AUCUUCACCAGAACCGACAGGUCAAGGUAAAAUGGUGCACUCCUUUUGCAUUGUGGCACUUUUUUGUUUGUUAUUGCCUGCAAUGGGGAAGCCAGGAAGCGAACUGAGAGACCCGCAACUUGGCGACGACCUACCAUGGUUCAUACAGAUACAAGACAACCAGGAGCUGACCGACAAACAGAAGGCGAUGCAGCUGCUGUAUAAACUCUACAAACAGGACAACGAUAUAGUCCCGGAAGAACCUGGCAGGACGAGGGAGGUGGAGGAAAAUGAGAAGGAAGGAGGACUGGAGAGGAGAGCGAGUCCUCAAGUUCGCAGAGCGGGAUGCAGAAUCUUCUUCUGGAAAUCCUGGACCGCCUGCUAAUCACAUGGCUACAUUGUUGUCCGAUAUUGAUAUUUAUUUUGCUCGAGUCACAUUCAUCUGCCGCUUGUAGGAAAGUCUUGUUUACAUGAUCUGAUGCUCUUAGCGUCAAUGCAAAUGCAAUCCAAGAGCUGGCAUGGCUCGUCUACUAAUAUGAUUUAUU